AUGAAUUUCAUCCAUACCGCUAUCAUCUCUGCCGUUUUACUGGUCACUCAAGGUGCAUUCGCCCAGUAUAACCCCAUCGGCCAGCCCUGCGACUCUCCAGGUGCAGAGGGCUGCAACGCCGACGCGGGGACGAAUAAUGGCAAUGCGUACAUAUAUGAAUGUGGCCCAGCCAACAAGUUCGUCUACUCUGCAGGGUGCAGUUGCCCAACAUGCUGCAAGGCCACCACCAGUGGCGCUUUUUGCACCUGA